AUGCUCCUGAUGCCGUUUGCUUUGGCGGCUCCUUCCGGUAAAAUGUGUUCAGCUUUUGCCAAAUUUGCUGAAAAAUGGAACCCUCUACCUGAAACUUUACUGUCUUGGUCCAAACGCAACUGUGAUAAAAUCCAGCCAAGACCGAACGAUAUGACUUGUGAGGACAUUGUUCAGUUUGUAGCCGAUUGUAAUUUUGGGGCUGUCGACUCUGUGCCAACGUCUGUUUCUAACAGUGAUGUAGCUCGAAGUUAUUAUCAGCAAACUUAUGGAAAUAAUCCAAGAGUGCUGGGUAAAUACAUUUAUUAUAAUGAGCAGACAGCUAGAGACUACGGACAUUUUGGAAAUUGGUACUAUCCCAACUAUUACCCACCUUCAUACUUGGGUUGGUUUGAUGGACGCCCAGAGUCUAUUGCUCAAUUAGAAAAUGAUUAUAAAUUUGCAAAAGGGGGAAACUAUCCCUUCAACAGAGCUGAUAAUAUGAUAAACAUUGGCCUGCAACAAACAUCUCUUCCAACAUGUUUGCACGAUUUGUUCUAUUGCAUUAGAGCAGCUAACCCAUCUCCGUAUCAAAGAUACUAUGCUGAGCAGCAACAGAAACAGCUUUGGAAUGAAGCUGAGAAAUCUUUGAAAGAACGACCGUCCGAACAUCAUCGUCAUCGUCAUCAUCAUCAUCGGAAGCACGAUUCGGAAGAGUCCUGA